AUGACAGCCAAAGUCUUUGAAUACCGCGAGUCCGUGGAGGUAGCCAAUGCCGUGGGAACGUACAUCGUUGAGAACCAGGACGAGGCCAUUGCAUCGCAUGGCUCUUUCAACAUUGCUCUAUCGGGAGGCUCGCUAGGCAAAGUGUUGAAAAAGGCAUUGGUUGACAACAAGGACAUCGGGUCCAAGGUGAAGUGGGACAAGUGGAAUGUCUACUUUAGUGACGAAAGAUUGGUGCCGUUGGACCACAAAGACUCCAACUACGGUCUUUUCAACGACAUGGUGUUGAAAAACUUACCCCCUGCAGAAGGGAAGCCCCAUGUGCACACCAUUGACGAGGCAUUGUUGACGGGAAGAGAAGGCCAAGUUGAAGGAGCUGACGAGGCAAAGGACAAGGAAAUAGCUGCAAAAUACGCAGCAGCAUUACCUGCGAAAUUCGACGUUAUAUUAUUGGGUUGUGGGCCAGAUGGCCAUACAUGUUCGUUGUUCCCCGGGCACGCAUUGCUCCAGGAGAGAAAAGAGCAUGUGGCAUACAUUGGCGACUCUCCCAAGCCUCCACCAAGAAGAAUCACAUUCACCUUCCCCGUGUUGGAGAAUGCCACUUCGAUUGCCUUUGUUGCUGAAGGUUCGGGCAAGGCACCUAUCUUGAAGGACAUUUUCACCAACCAAGCUAGCAAGUUGCCCUCUAGAUUGGUGAGUGACAUCACCUCGGGUGUUUCUGUCUACUGGUUCGUAGACUCUUUGGCCGUCAAUGGCGUUGACGUGAUGACAAGCAAAUAUUAG